AUGGCGGACUUGACGACAGCGGAGCGCGAGUCCAGCGACAGUUUUUGGAAAAGACUCAGACGGUCCGAGACUGCGCUGAACGCUGUCCAACUUCUGUCCUUUGUCUAAACAUCUCCAACCUUUUAAACAUUGUAUCCUGCAAAUGAGAGGGAAAAGUGUGCCUUUAUUAUACUUUUUACUUACAUUUUUACCGUCCCGUGUCGGUUUUGGGUGAUUCAUUGGUCGCUUAUUUCCCCCCCCAUCACACGAGGUUACGAGCAAGGUGGUUGGCACUUUGCAAUCAUUUUUGUGUGCAUCUUUUUGGAGCAGGUUUUGCACGAGAAGAAUUAUAAUCGUCUGAAAAGUCAAGUGCAUACAAAGACUUAAAGUCACCAAUGGAGCCCAGAUUGACCUGGACUCUGUGCACAGUUCUCAUUGUCGCUUUCGUCACUUCUUCAGCAUCAGGUGAAGAUGACAGGAAUUUGAAAUUCUGCGGCACCUGGCACCAUGGCAAGGGCCCUCUGUGGCUGAAUGUGAACCUAACCACGGGUUGUGAUCGCAUUGUGGUCUCAGCCAAUCAGACCGCACUGUCUGUAAUGGGGAAGAUCACAGCUCAGUGCACAAGCCUGGACACUGUUCCACUGACACACAUAAAGCCCACUGAAGAGAGGACUGAUUUCUGUGUGUACUGGGAGCCCCUUCUGGACCAGCUCAAGUUAAAGAUUGGCAAAGAGGUGCUUCCCCUGUGCUCACCUGCUAGUCUGAAGGACCACUGCUGCACGUACCUGUCUCACGGCGCAAACAGCUACGAGACAACCUUUGGCAUUGCAGAGGGACACGUGCGAAAUGAUUUGGUCAGUCACAAAACAUGGGCCUCCUAUGAAUUUAACGGAAGCUUCAUCAACUGCCGAGAGACAUUUUGCGAUCAAGCAAGCCAGGGAUCAACCCAUCUCAACAUGCCGGAAGAAAACACUCAGAAUCCUUGUGCCCAAAGUACUGCAUUGAAGCUGGAGGACAGCGUUACUGGAUACAACGUGACCUUAUCUCCUCCUCAAGGUGUUGUGCAAGGGGCUACUCCUUCAAUCCAUCUACCCCCAGCUUUAAAGAAAGCAACAAAAUUUAAUAAUGAAGUUGUCUGCACUUACUUCAGAAACAACUCACUUUUCCAGGAGGCCCCAACUAAUGCCAAAAUUCUCAUUGACGUGGUUAGCAUUACCAUAGACAAUGAAAUCAUCAAAGAUUUAUCAGAGCCAAUCAAAAUAAGUUUCCAUCACAAUGUGAUCCAUAAAACUCAUUCAAGAAAAUGUGUUUCCUGGGAUACCAGAAAAGACCCUCUAAAGGUGAACUGGCUGGACGAAGGCUGUCAAACACAAGUGAAAGGAGAAAAACAGACAGAGUGCCACUGCAACCAUCUGACUUACUUCACCGUCCUAGUGCAACUAGAACCUAAACCAGUGCGCCAUCUACUGGCCCUGACUGUUAUUACAUCUCUGGGCUGUGCUGUGUCCUUUAUCAGCUGCAUUAUUCUGAUUGUGUACCUUUGCAGGAAGAAUCGCCGUUCAAAAGAGCUUUCCAUCCCAAUUCACAUGGGCCUAGCGGUGUCUCUGGCCCUCCUCAACCUUCUCUUCUUCUUCACUGGGGUUUUGGCCAACGUGUGUGAGAGCAUGUGUGUCUGGGUGGGACCAGCCCUUCACUAUGCUCUGCUUAGCUCUCUCAUAUGGAUGGGAAUCGAGAUCUUUCAUACUUUCUGGUUGGUUCAGAUGGUUUUCAGCCCCACCCCAAAAGCGUGGAUUUGGAACCUGGUUGGUUUUGGUGCACCUGCUGUUCCAGUCAUUGUCUUGGCAAUAAUACCAGAUAUUUAUGGCGUGAGGAAGAUUUACCAAACUGACGUUUCUGAUCCAUACAAAAUGUGUUGGAUGACAGAUAACGACAAUGCGCUCCUGGCCCACUACGUCAUCAACUUGACACUGUUGGCCAUCGUGGUGAGCUCCGGGUUGGUCAUGCUAUUCCUGGUCUACAGAGAGAUUCGGAACAGAGCCGAAUGGAGGCAGAACCGCGUGGCCUUCUUCAGUAUCUGGGGCCUCAGCGUCCUCUUUGGGACCACCUGGAUUCUCAACUUCCUGAACUUCGGCCCAUUCACUGACUUCAUUCACUUUGUCUCCACGAUCCUCAACUCAUUUCAAGGCUUCCUCCUAAUGCUACGCUUCUUCAUGCUGGACAGGAUGAGGAAACAGGCUGGUGGCUCAGUCUUGGGCAGCAGCAGUACAGGCUCUACCAGACAACACAUGCUACAGACCCAGGAGAGGAGUUAGAUGGACAAAAUAUGUACACAUCACAGAAUAAGAGAUAUUUGUAAACAGAAACGUGACUCACAGCCACUGAAGAUUAUCAAAUAGUACUGCUAGUUAGUAUUCAUGGUGACAAUGCAAUGGACAGUAAUAUUCUGUAAAUGUGCUGGAAUCACUGGAAUCACACUGUUACUGCUGUAAUAUUUCAUCUUCACUUUGAUAGUGAAGGAAAUACACUCAGGAACUAUGUAUAGGCCUGGAGCUUGUACAUAUUCAAGUUUGCUGUAUAUAAUGGUAAAAGAGAAAUUAUAUUUACUUUUUUUUUUUAACUAGAUGAAACAUUUUUGUCAGACAAGUCAUGUAACAGAAGUUUCAUACUUUUGAUAAGCUUUUUGUACUAGCCAGUAUAGUAGCACUUUAGAGUUGUGAUACAAAUAUUGUGAGCAUUCUAGAUUGUGAGUGUUAGAUACUGUGAUUUUGGCACUUUUGUAUUGUUUUGUAAAUAUAUGUACAUUCCAUCUAAAGCUUUUACAACUAUGGGUAUAUAUAGAAUUAAUAAAUUAAGCUAGUACAGUUGUGUUUCAAUGCCCCUGGUACAGUAUGAUUGCGUUUUUCCUGUCAUUUUCUUAUCUUGCUCUGCUUCCUCUCACAGGGCUUUGCUGUUAUUUCUCCUACAAAGAGUGAGCUUAAGAAUUGUGCAGUAUUUUUCUUUUAGUAGGAUAUUCAUUAUUUUGAUCUUUAUAGAGCUUGAUCUUGCUGGACAUGUCUUACCACAAUGUGAUUAGAUUGUUUUAUUUGAGAUGUGAAUAGAUCCUGGAGUCUCUUUAUGGUCUUGAGCACCCUUUAUUGUGUGCUACUGUUUCUUUAGAAACAUUUACUAAUAAACAUCACUAGUUAACUGACUUUAUGUCCAAAAUAUUCACUUUUGUAUCCAUCUUUGGGUUAUUUCUUGUUUACAACUACAUAACGUUUUUUAUCCAUUUUGCCAUUCAAAUUAAGAAAAACAUUUCUCUCUUCUUGC